CAGAGCCUGCGCUUCGCAGCCCAUGCAAUGUACUACGGGCCUCGUCAACGAGGAACCGUCAAGUCGUGGCGAAAAGACCGCGGCUUUGGUCAGAUCAUCCCUGAAGGAAGUGAAAACCAGACGCUCCCAGUGAGCCGGGAGCAGCUGAGAUAUGGCGUCUUUGACUUGUGCAAAGGUGACGAAGUCUCUUUCCUCAAGGACUGGGAUCUUCGAAACGGCUCCGCCAAGGAGAUUGCCGUAGAUGUCCAGGUGAUGAUGCAAAAGGGUCAAAAUGUGCACGAAAUCAUCCGACAAGCUGCAACCAAUGGUUAUCAAUACCCAGCUGCUUUCAUGCCUCAACAGCCUCCACCCGGAGUGCAAUGUACAGGGGUCGUGAAGCGAUGGCUCAAUGAGAAAGGCUUUGGUUUCCUUCGGCCAGAUAUGGAUAUGGGUGGAGAGGACAUAUAUGUCCACAGGUCUGCACUGGACGAGGGCAUCACCGAACUCCAGUCCGGGGAUAAGGUACUGUUUUUGAGGCUAGAUGAUGGCAAGGGUCGAGGCAAGUUCAGAGCAGCCAAUGUCACUAAGCUGGGCUCUGGGAGCCUCUUCCGGGACCUGCCGCUGCAGCCCUCCGUGCUGGGUGCCCAAAAGGGCCUCUCGCAGUGGCUGGAGAUGGCCGGAGAGAAGGAAACCCCAGAGCUGUUGAGCUUCCUGGAGCCCUUUGUACUUCGGAGCUCUUUGAACUGCCCAUUCCUUGUGCUCUCCGAGACGCAAUUGGUGACUGGCAUGGCUGCACCAACGGCAGAGGAGUUCAAGCGCCUGAAACGCUUGGUGACACGCUUCGUGGAUGCCUGCCAAGAGAAAAAUGCAGUGCUCUUGGCAGACUUUGAAGGCGAAAUGCCAGGCCAUGGAGGAGAAAUCAGCAUCGCCCAGCUGCAGUUCACGGAGGUGCUGGACCCCGCAAGCUUCAUCCCGCGGCGGCUGGCACCUGGACACAGCUUCCAAGCACCAGGCCUCUUGAUUGACCUCCGCUGCCCCAACUGCAUCGAUGUCAUUCGGGAGGUGAUGGGGAGCUCUCGGAUUUUGAAGGUCCUUUGGGGCGCCAAUGGUGACUGCCAAUGCCUGAUGUACCAGCGUAGACCGGUCCACAUCGGUGUGGACCCGCAGAUGCUCAUCGACGCCCAGGUUGCGUUUGAUGACCGCGUUCGCAUUGGCAUGGCCAAGAUGUUAGAGUCUGUGCCAGCAGAGAUUCAAAAAGGUCUUCCCACAAAGCAGGCGCAGAUCGAUUGGGAUGCGUUUCACUUCGAGAACCGGCGGGCACUGGAACUUCCACUCAGCCCACAAAAGGCCCUGUAUGCAGUGGACGACCUGCACCGGAUCGAGGCGAUCCUGGGCACGAAGCAGCCCAUCAGCGGUGCCUAUGCGUCGGCCUUUCAGCGCUCAGCGCAGAUGCUCCAAGACCUCCGCGAUGAUCCCUAUGGGCUGCGAACCCUGCAGCAGGAUCUGGUGUGGCUCGAGAAGCUGGAGGGCCGGAAGAAGAUGGUGAAGGCGGUGAUCAUCGCCAGGCAUUGCAACUCGCUAACGCUGCGAGGCGCCACCCUCACCGAUGAGCAGAACAGCUUAGUCCGACGUGCGCGAGUUUGCGCCAAUGAUGUUCUGAAGACUCAGCAUCUUCAAGUUCCGGGCGACCUUUCGUUCAAAGAUGACGCCGUAGCAUCACCUCCAACUUCCUACGGGUCAUGGAGCACUCCCAGUAGCUCCUCCAGCAUGGGAGCUCACGUGGAGAUUUAUCAGUAGAAGGUUUCAGCGAUGGGUUCACAUCAAAAUCAUCAAAC